GGGGCACCAAGAUAUGAGGCAAGCCGCAAUUCAAAACAAACCAGCCCAAAACGUGUUAGAUAUCUUAGAAAUAAGAGAAAUAAACCUAUCAACUGUUCUUUACGCUCUCAUUGAACCUAACGGAACCCUAGGAAGGAAUGGCUGGACCCGACGUGAGAAAGCUAGCCCUCUUCUUUGAGACUCUCGCCGCCUCUUCUCCUCCUGAUAAGAGAAAAAGUUCAGAAAUCAUCAAUCGAAAAGGUUGCAGAGGAUCCGCUGGUUCAGGCACCUAUACAGUCUAUACUCCUGUCGUCUUCAUGGGGCAGAAUGACUUUGGAGGACCGGUGGCUAGGGGAGGUGCUUCUGUGGACAAACGACAAUGUGUGCCCUGCAAUGAGUGUUUUAACUCGCACCCCCCUUAUUCUUAUUGCCCUUACACCCCUUGUGAUAUUUGUGACAAGGUUCACGACUCUGCUCGUUGCCCUUACUUCGACCAUCUCCCACAAGGGGCAACUUUUCCCCCUGGAUAUGAAAUAGUUUGUCGAUGCGGUAAUUUAUUUAAUGAGGAUAAGUGGGCUUGUAGCUCUUGUGGUGGGAGCAUUCCAGUGCUUAAGGCCAAGUAUUGUUCCAUUUGUAACGUCUAUUAUCAGCACGGUGUAUAUGAAUGCCCAGUGGACAAGGAACAUGCUGCCAAGUAUAAAUCGGUCAGAGACGAGAUGCUUUCACGUGUGCCGAUUCCCCAUCGCCCUGUCUAUCCAGAAUCAUCAUCAGGAAUUCCCUAUGUUCCAACUACUCCUUCCUCGUCGGUUUGUGGAGACAUGAAAGAAGGCAAGGACCCCGUCUAUAUUCCAGAAUCAUCAUCAGGAAUGACCUAUUCUCCAACUGCUCCUUCUUGGGUUUGUGGAGACAUGAAAUAAGGCAAGGACAUGAACAUAGGCACACCUUGUUGGAAGCCUGUUUCGUGGACCCUGUAGUGUGAUUGCACCAAAAGAGGAUUCAAUGAAUGUAACUUUAUGAGUUUAAUGUGAUUGAACAUGAACACGCCUGGAGAACUUUUUAAU